AUGCAAAAACACCUCUGUGACAAAACAUUCACAUCCCUUAGUUGUCGUAACCAAAAAACUUUCGAUGUUGAGCUGCACUCUUGCAAUAAAACGGCUCUAUUGCAUUCUUACGAAAUAGCUCAAAACCUGUUGUCAGAGGAGGCCGCUGGGGGGAGCGAUGCCGGCCAAGAAGGUGCUGCAGGCCCACCGCAGACAGCGGAGGGAGCACAGGGGGAGCUCGAGGGAGGGGGCAGAGACCAGAACGAAGCCCAGGAUCCACGUGAGAGGCUGGUAGCACUGCAGGAGCAGGAGGAGUCUGCUCAUGGCCACACGGCAAGUGCACAGGAGACCCUCAAUGGGGCAGACGACGUGGCCGCCUGGCCUGCGCAACCUGGGGGCCCCGCCCUGCCUGCCGGGGCAGAAGCAGCAGGGCCAGAGUCCCCGUCCAGGGAGGGGGUGGGCAUGCCAGCAGGGACGGGCAGCCCCGGCAAGGGGAGAGCUGGGCGGCAGCAGCAGAGAGGGGCGGACGCUGCGAAGGCGGGGCAGAAGGCGCGGUGGGGCAUUGGCAGCAAGCGCAGCCUGGAGGAGAGGAUGGCGCGCAGGAGCUUCCGCCAAGAGGAACAGCAGCUGGGGCAGCAGCCAGCGGGCAGCGGUAAAAGGAGGAGCGCGGCGGGGAAGGGCAGCAAGGGGCAGGGCGGCAGGAAGGAGGUGGCGCCAGUCAUCACGCGGGGCGAUCAGAAAGAGCUCCUCCGGCAGCGGCUGGCCGAGCGGCAGAAAGAGGACAAGCACAAGCUGGAGCAGCGCAUAGCGGUCAAGACGGCUUUCCUGGAGUCCAUUAAGGAGACCCUCAAGAAUGACGCUGCCAGCCGCCAGCUGUCGGCAUACUUGGAGAAGAAGCGGGCCCAGCGGGAACGGAGUUUCCUGAAGAAGUACGGCCGCCUGCCUGCGCACCGCCUGGACGCCGAGGUCGCGCCGCAGCUGCUGCCCCUCCCCCGGAGCCCCCUCAUGACGACCGCGGCUAAUGUGGACGACAAGAAGCAGUCGCUGCGCAAGGGCCUGCCCUCGCUGGCCCCCAUUCUGACCUCCACCCCCACCGCCGGCCUCCCCCACCUCGGGGACGUCAAGGGCAGCCCCACGUCUGCCAGCCCCGGCACGUCUCGUCGGCUGCGUCCUCGUUCGCCGCCGCGCCUCCUGGACCAGGACGCCGAAAUGCAGGUGCUCAAGGCGGUGCGGCGGCGCGAGGAGCUGCUGGGCCGGCUGCGCACGCUGCUGCUUGCCAAGGCCGCGCCGGACGCCCUGCCCCACAGGGGCGCGCUGGGCGCGUGCCUGGACGCGGUGCGCGGCGCGUCGCUGGACGCGGUGGAGGCGGUGGCGGCGUGGCGCGCGGAGCAGGGCCACCAGCGGGCGUUCGUGUGGGCGGGGCAGGACUACCUCGCCAAGAUGAACACCGACCUCGGCAACCUGCUGCACAACGAGCCCGCGGUGCAGGCCUGGCUCGGCUUCGACAUCGCGCUCGACCCCUUCUGCACCGGCCUCGUCCGCGCGCGUUCGCCGCCCACCCCCACCCUCCCACCCACGGCGGGCUACCGCCCUCAGGUCGACGCUGCCGAGGCGCUGCGCGUGCGCGCUGCUCUCAAGGUGCUGGCGGACCAGAUGAGCGCCACCGCGCAGCUGACCAAGCAGCGCAUGGAGCUGCUCCGAAGCCCCAACCGCGGCAGCCGGGACCUGAGCAACAAGGCACCCUUGGGCAACCCCACGCCCGCUCCGCACCCGCCCCCGCCACAGGAGACGGCGGUAGAAGGUGACCAGACCGGAGCAGCGGGUCAGCAAGACGAGGCGGGGGGAGCAGCAGACGCGGGGAAGAGCGAGGACGGCAUGAGGAGUAGCCCGCUGGGAGGUGGCUCCGAAGGCCAAAUGCGGUCUCCGGAGGAGGGCGAAACUGCGGAACACGUUCCAACAGUGGACAGCCAUUGUGCGCUUCCCGAAGGAGGUGGGGAGGGGGCACUCAAGAUGCUUGACGAAAGCACACUUAAUCUACAGAUGCAAGAUCGCUCUCCCGAGCAACCUGCCAUUCUUAGUGUCACCUAA